AUGUCUGAGAGCCCUUUCACAGUCACAGGGGAUGGUCCAGGAGGUGGCUUCCCGCCGGAAAGGGGAAGGCAACUCCGGUUAACAGACUUUUGGAAGGCUCAUCCUCCAAUGGAGAAGGCGGUUUUGGAUGGAGGAAAGGAGCCUUCUGCUGCUGCAAAUAAAUCUUUCGCCUCCAUUGUUGGUUCUGAUACCGAAGCUUCUGCAAAAGUGACCGUCUCAACUGAUCAAAUUCCACACAAAUCUUAUGCGAAUGUGGUAGGCUCAAACAUACCGAUGGUGGAUGAACUGCCCGACCCUGUUCAUGCAGGGAAUUCGACCAAGGUGAUCAUUCCCCAGGAGGCUUACGAGGAUAGAUUACUAAAAUAUCGAUUUGCCCUGAUAGGCAGAAUCAAUUUUCGUUUUCUUUCCCUGGAUGAUGUUCGCAGAGAAGCCCGUGAAUUUUGGAAAUUGAAAGGUAAAGUGAAGAUGAUACCAAUGGGUAAGGGCUUCACGAUCUUCCAAUUUGAGUCUGAGCUUGACAUGGCCCAGAUGUGGAAGCGAAGCCCUGUGAAGAUUGGAGGUCAACUCGUUCGGUUUCAAAGAUGGCGUCCAGAUUUUAACAUCCAUGAAAAAUUGAUCAAUAAGGUCCUGGUUUGGGUGCGUUUUCCAGAUCUUCCUCUGGAAUAUUGGCAUGAAAAGGUAUUAUUGACAAUGGCCAAGGCAGUAGGGAGGCCAGUUGGUCUCGAUCAACGCACCAAGAGCGUUAUAUACGGAAAUUAUGCUCGUGUUCUAGUGGAAAUGGAAGUGGGGGUUCCAAGGCUGGAGGAAAUCCAAGUGGAACGCAAACAGCCUGGGACUCAAAUUUUGUUCUGGUUCAAGCAGCAGUUGAUAUACGAGGAUUCAUUGGGCAAAUGCGGUUUCUGCAAAAAACUGGGGCACCAAGUUCACGCCUGCCGAGAAAAGAAGGCCUAUGACGAGCGGCAGAAUGCUCGAGCCAAUGCAGAGAUACCAGGGGCGGUGUAUGAAGAAGACAGAGUCAACUCGGGAACGAAUAACUCACCGGUUUGCAUCAACACUUCUUUGGAAAGAAGGGACCACGAUCUUGUGAUUUCAAAUUCAAAAAGUGUGAACAAUGAUGGAGUAAUGGCGGGGGCUUGUCUUCCUCUUAAUUCUCUGCCUCAGUUACCAAAUGUGGAAGAAGGUGAGAUUUUAAUUGAUUUGAAUUCUCCAUCUCACAAUUCAAUUAUUCCUAUUUUGGAAAAUCUGGAAACGGCUCAGGAGGGGGAGAUUUUAAAUAAGGAAGCUCAUGAUAGUGAGGAAAUACAGUCGGAAUCUUCUGAUUCAGAUAAGGAGGUGUUAUUUUCUGAUGAUGAGGUGGGCCGGUCUGAUGAGGAGUCUUCCUCUGAAUCUGAGCAGGAAUCAAACCGGGAUAUGGUUAAGGAAGGAGAACCGAACCAGUUGGGUUCAGUUUUAAUCACUGGACCGUUGGAGCUUCAGCAGCAGGUGAACAAGGCUAUGGCAUCCUCCUCUCAGGGUGGGGUGAGGUCUUCUGCUCGUCACACAAGGACAGGGGUGUCCCUAGGUAGUUCUCGAGGAGGUCUGACCGGCAGGGGGGGUAGUGCAGUGAUUACUGCCCCAUUGCAGCUCCCUUUGAGUAGGAAGGAGAUUGCUCGGAUGGGAGUUCAAGUGGUCGACAAGGCAGCAGAGAUGAUUGAGAAAGGAAUUGACGCAGGGGAGAAAAAGAAAAAGAAAGGUGGUGGUCAGACCUUGAGGUCGGACAAGUCUAAUGGAACAUCUUCUUAA